AUGAGAGCGGCAACACAAUCCAUGCGAGCGACAUGCUCCACCUUGCGCGUCGCCCCCUCGGCGCGCACCUACGCUUCCGCCUCAGCCGUCGCCUCCUCCUCUUCCUCCACUUCCAACACAUCCUCCGAGCCACAAUCACUCCCAUCCGCAGCACCGCCCGGCACACUUCUGAAAGGUGUUUCGAUCUUCAAGGACAAGGCGGACCCUGUAGCGCUGCAGGACGCCGAAUACCCACCGUGGCUGUUCAAGCUGCUCGAGGACCCUUCCAUCGCGGCAUCUUCGUCGCUCGCAUCCAUCGAGAUGGCGGGCAUGUCAAAAGGUGAAGCACGAGCGGCGCAGAAGAGGCAGUCCAAGAUCCUGAGGGCAGCACAGCUGGCGAAGGAGAAGGCGGAGGCCAAGGCGGCUGAGCGUGCGGCCAAGGCCGGGGAGGCUGGGGAGGAGGCGAAGGAUGCUGAUGCGGGACAACAGGCGGAGCUCAGCGAGGCGGAACAGAAGGUGAAAGCGAUGGAAAAAGCCGCGGCAGACGAGAAGGUCAGAAGAAAGGCGCUAAGGAGGGAGAACAAGCAGUCGAUCAAGGCGAGGAACUUUGUCAACGCAUCCUAG